ACUGCAAGAUGAAGAUAUUCUCGCAUUAGACAGGAUAGUUGCGACGAUGACAGAGCUGUCAUCUGUGCCUAAAAACAGCGUCGUUUAAUUUCCUAUCCCCCCAUCCCAUCUGCGAUCUCUCCUCUCAAUUCGACAAUUCCUCGAGAAGUACGAAACAAAUUCAAAUUUGUCUGAUAAAAUCUCAGUCAAUCCAAACCCUACCCACUAUCUUUUUCCCUCUAUAAAGCAUAAACCCUAGCCUUCUUUCCCUUUCAAUUCAUCUCCUUCAUUCUUCCCAAUUCAAUUUCCACAAAGGGUUUCCAUACACUAAUGGGAACUCUGAUUCAAUCUCUUCCCGAUCUUCCUGUUUUCUUCUCUUUCUUCUUUUUCAUCUAUCUCUUAGCUCAAUUCCUCGUCUUUCGUAAUUGGAGCCCCAAUGUCCGCCCUGAAGCCUCCAGUUGCUUAAUCUCCCUCUUUCACGGCACGCCCGCUGUUUUUUUAGCUUCUUACGCCAUAAUCAUUGACCCGAAUCGGGGUUUCUCAUCGCCGAACACCGCAAUCCAGGCUGCGGUUCUUGACUAUAGCGUUGCUUAUUUUUUAAUGGAUCUGAUUCAUUACCUCAUUUUUUUCCCUAGCGAUGUUCUCUUUAUUGGUCACCACUUGGCUACCCUUUUCGUCUUCCUUACUUGCCGCUAUGUUGUCUAUCACGGCGCGUACGCCAUACUUUCCUUGCUGGUGCUCGCCGAAGUGACGAGUUUUUGCCAGAACUUGUGGACGCUUGCCGGUGCACGAAGGACGGAUGCCAAAUUCGCAGCUAAGGUGUACGGUUUCCUGUCCCCGCCUUUCUAUGCGUUCUACUCUUUGGUGAGGGGUCUUUUGGGUCCAUAUUUCGUUUAUCGAAUGGGAGAAUUCUAUAUAAGUGGGGUUGCAGAUAGCGUUAUACCCAAGUGGGUUUGGGUUUCUUGGAUGAUUGUUGUGAUAACGGCAAUUUCUGUUAGUAUUUUGUGGAUUACCAAUUUAUGGGUUGAAUUGUAUAGAGAAAGGAAGGGCAAAUUUGAGAAGAAAUUGAGAUAAUAAGGGUUUUUUAGAUGUAAACUUUUGUUCACUCUAUGCUCUAUGGUUGGAGAAUUUUCUAAAUCAUAGAAAUGUUGUGUUAACACUUGAAGCUUUGUGGGUUUAGUGCUCAUUGUCGAUACCUAUUUUUAACAUCUCUUUGUAUCCUUAUCCUUGAUGUAAUUUUCGGUUAUAAUCAAAUUACGUUAAGGUGUUCUUUUCCCCUUUA